GAGGGGGUUCUAUUUGACUGGUAAUUUGCGCGUGUAAAGUUCCAAGUCUUUGUCAUCAUAACUCUCUCCCUCCUCUUCUCUCUUUCUCUCUCUUCAGUCAAAACUUUGCACCUUGGCCUGCACCUUCCCAAUUGUUUUAUUUUUCCUUAAUAAAACUUUAUUUUCUUCUUUUUAUUUUUAUUUUUAUUUUUUAUUUUUAUUCUCUCUCUCUCUCCCCCUCUAUAUUUCCCACUUCCUUUUAAGUUUCUCUUCCCAGUCUCUGAGACUUCCCCAUAUACUCCUUUUAUUUUCUUCAACCAUAUUUUUGCCUUUGUACAUAAACCCACGUAGCCCUUUUCUCAUCUAUACCUCAGAGAAGAAAAAUUAGAGGAAGAAAAUUAAAGAAAUUGUAAGGAAAAAUGGGUUUUUCGAAGGAAGAGAAAUCGAGAAGAUUAUGGAGAGGAUUGAAGACUCUGUUUUUCUUGAUCACCAUGUUGAUUUCUCUGCUGCUGUUCUCUGCUCCUGUCCUUCUUGCUAUUGCCGAUACCCUUCUUCCUUCUGCUCUUCUAUCCGCUUCUCUAUCUCAGCCCCAUCAAUACUCUUCUUCUUCUGCAACUCCUUUUCUCUUCGAAACUUUCUCUUUCCAUUUGCAAAAUUACGAUUUUCGCUACUCCCUCAUUGAUAUUCCUAUCAUAUCCAUUCUAAGAUCGGCCGUCAUCAUUUGUGUUUAUAGUUUUUGCGACGGACCGAGGCUAUCACGAGGGCCAUAUUUGGGAAUAACGACGAUGUGUUCAGUGGUGUCGCUUGUGUUCGUUUCGUUGAAGGCUUCGUAUGUGUUCAGCGUUUCGGGUUCGGAUCGAGAAGGGUAUUCGAGAGCCAUGGAAAUGGCCCUUUUCAUUUGCUCGCUGGUUUUGGCCGUUGGACAUAUCGUCGUUGCGUAUAGAACAAGUUGCAGAGAGCGACGGAAGCUUCUAGUGUACAAAAUCGACAUAGAAGCUGUUUCAGCUUGCAAAAAUGGGUUUCCUGUAGCUAGAUACCAGAAAAUACUUCAACAAGAAAGAACAAAGUGAACAUCACCAAGAAAACUGUAAAAUAGGUUUUGGUUUGGUUCAAGCUAAUCAAAUUCUUAGCCAUGAGAUUUUCAGAUUGCUUUUGGAGGAAUGAAGAUUAUAUAGAGGUUGUGUAGCGUUAUAGAGGCUGUAUAUACCAUUUUCAGCAUAUGCCCAUAACAUUGAAUUUUCUUUCAUCUCUACACCAAAUUGUACAGUUAUACCCAAUAUACAAAACAAAAUAUAUAUGAAAGAAUGAAGAAAGAUGGCCAAAGGCAUUUUUCU